GAUUAAGUAACCUAACAAUCCAAAGAUUAGGCCAGUCUUUGUACUAGCAGAUCUCCAUGGCUCUUUCCAUGCUUGCUUCAAUUCCUAAUCUGAUCACGCACACAAGACUUCCAAUCAUAAUAAAAUCCAGCAGUUGUAAGGCUUCUCCCACUGGAAUCAAGGUCAAGAGUGGCAACAGCAAUUGUGAGGAAAUCAUUGUUAGGCGAACUGCAAACUACCAUCCUACCAUUUGGGACUAUGAUUAUGUGCAGUCACUAAGAAGUGAUUAUGUGGGAGAAACAUACACCAGAAGACUUGAUGAGCUAAAGAGAGAUGUGAAGCCAAUGCUUGGCAAAGUGAAGAAGCCUUUGGUUCAGCUGGAGCUAAUCGAUGUCUUGCAAAGGCUUGGAAUAUAUUAUCACUUCAAGGAUGAAAUAAAGAGAAUAUUGAACAGCAUAUACAACCAGUACAAUCGGCAUGAAGAGUGGCAGAAAGAUGAUUUAUACGCAACAGCUCUUGAAUUUAGACUGUUAAGGCAGCAUGGCUAUGAUGUGCCUCAAGACGUUUUUAGUAGAUUCAAGGACGAAACAGGGAGCUUUAAGGCAUGCCUGUGUGAAGAUAUUAAGGGACUGCUCUGUUUGUAUGAAGCUUCAUACCUAUGCGUACAAGGAGAAAGUACCUUGGAGCAGGCCAGAGACUUCGCACACAGACAUCUUGGAAAGGGCCUUGAGCAAAACAUAGAUCAAAAUCUUGCCAUUGAGGUGAACCAUGCCUUAGAGCUUCCAUUGCAUUGGAGAAUGCCAAGGUUAGGGGCAAGGUGGUUCAUAGACGUAUACGAGAAAAGACAGGACAUGAAUCCUAUCUUGCUGGAGUUUGCUAAAUUGGACUUCAAUAUGGUACAAGCCACACACCAGGAGGAUCUAAGACACAUGUCAAGCUGGUGGAGUAGUACAUGCCUGGGAGAAAAGUUGAACUUUGCUAGGGACAGGCUGAUGGAGAAUUUCCUAUGGACUGUGGGAGUGAGAUUCGAGCCUCAGUAUGGAUAUUGUAGGAGAAUGUUAACAAAGGUUAACACACUCAUAACGACAAUUGAUGAUGUUUACGACGUUUAUGGUACAAUGGAUGAACUCGAGCUUUUCACAGAUGUUGUUGACAGGUGGGAUAUCAAUGCAAUGGAUCCACUUCCAGAGUACAUGAAGUUGUGCUUCCUUGCUCUCUACAACUCCACCAAUGAAAUGGCUUAUGAUGCUCUGAAGGAACAUGGUUUACACAUCGUUUCCUAUCUUAGAAAAGCGUGGUCAGACUUAUGUAAAUCUUACUUACUGGAGGCAAAGUGGUACCACAGUGGAUGUACACCAACCCUACAAGAAUACAUUAGCAAUGCAUGGAUUUCAAUAUCAGGUCCUGUAAUACUAGUCCACGCCUAUUUUUUUGUGGCAAAUCCAAUCACCAAGGAGGCCUUGCAAUCCUUGGAGAGAUAUCACAAUAUUAUCCGUUGGUCAUCAAUGAUUUUAAGGCUUUCAGAUGAUCUGGGAACAUCACUGGAUGAGUUGAAAAGAGGAGAUGUUCCCAAGUCAAUCCAGUGUUACAUGUAUGAAACUGGUGCUUCUGAAGAAGACGCCCGUAAACACACAAGCUAUUUGAUUGGAGAGACAUGGAAGAAGCUAAAUGAAGAUGGAGCUGUAGAGUCUCCAUUCCCUGAAACAUUUAUUGGAAUUGCAAUGAAUCUUGCUAGGAUGGCCCAGUGCAUGUAUCAGCAUGGAGAUGGACACGGGAUUGAAUAUGGUGAAACUGAGGAUCGAGUGUUGUCAUUACUCGUUAAGCCCAUUCCCAGUUUGAGUUCUGAAUAAUAUUGAAAACCAAAUUUGAUCUUGAGUUAUGGGAAAUUGUCGUAACCCUGAUGGAUUAAUAUAAUUUAAGGUCUUAUAUUUGGAGGGUUAAUUACGUAUAUAAAACAGUGACUUUUGAACUUAUCAUUUGUGUUUUAAAGCAUAUUAAAAAUAUAUUGUAUUCUACUUUAA